AUGGCCCACAAGGAGUCCGCAGUGGCAGACGAGCCAAUUGAUGUGCUCUUUGCCCUGCACGACAAGUUCAACCUCAUGGACUUCGCUGGUCCCCUCGAGGUCUUGACCACGGCCUUGCACGAUCAAUCUGAUCCUGCUUCCAAGGCCUUCGAGGUCACCAUUGCUGGUGGCAGUCCCACAGUCAUCUCCGAGCAGGGAGUCUCCGUCCAAACCCAGAUCAACUGGAAGGACGCUAAGGAGCGUCUUAAUGACUUCGACGUCCUUGUCGUCAUCGGCGGCGGCACCGAUGCAGUUUUGAAGAGCAAGGGCGAGCCCCUUGAUCUCAUCACUGCCUACUCGGAGCUUCAGAAGAGCGAUCCCACCCGCGAGCGGACACUCCUGUCUAUUUGCACCGGUUCACUCUUCCUUGCCCAGCAGGGCAUUCUUGCUGGCCUUUCUGCCACCACUCAUCCCGACUAUAUUACCAAGCUCGAGAUCUUGUGCAGCCAAGCUGCCACCCGCGACUUGGGCGAGCGCACCGACGUUGUCGAUGACGCCCGCUACGUCGUGAACAACCUUCGGUUCGAACUCGGAGACGAGGACGAGAACCCCUACAUCCGUCGAAAGUCGGAUGCUGGCAGACGCCCCUCGAAUGCCCGAAAGGGAUCCAUUUCGUUCAAGGGCGCCACACGCAGAGAGUCCAUUGCUCGGCGCGCAUCCAUGCGCCUAGGAGGUCUCCGAGUCAUUACGAGUGGGGGAGUGGCCGCUGGCCUGGAUGCAACUUUGUAUCUGGUCAGCGUUAUGGUGACUGAGGAGUCGGCCAACCAGGUCGCCCAGUUCAUGCAGUUGACCUGGACCAAGGGUAUUGUUGUCGACGGCCUUGAUGUGUAA